ACGGCGGCGAGGGUGUGGACGUCCCUCGCAUUCAAUCUACUGGAGACAACAUAACGCUGCUAAUAACUUCUGCUCUGGGCUUUACACGGCAACAGGAGAUUAUACCUGGCGUUGUGUGCGUGCCGCUGAGCCCCUCUAACUGUGUGCCUCAUUGUCCCAAAUGAGGAACUGAUGCUGGCCAGGACCCUGCUGAACCCCUCGGGUCGCCUCACUCAUCGAUCCCACUUCAGUUUUGCACCUUAAGAGAAGAAGAACACACCAGCCAGAAUGGAUGAUAUCUUUACGCAGUGCCGGGAAGGCAAUGCAGUGGCAGUCCGCUUAUGGUUGGACAAUACAGAGAAUGACCUCAAUCAAGGGGACGACCACGGCUUCAGCCCUCUCCACUGGGCAUGCAGGGAGGGCCGCUCCAGCGUGGUGGACAUGCUCAUCAUGAGAGGGGCUCGCAUUAACGUCAUGAACCGUGGAGACGACACUCCUCUGCACCUGGCCUCCAGCCAUGGACAUCGCGAAAUUGUGGGAAAGCUGAUCCAGUGCAAAGCAGACACUAAUGCAGCCAAUGAACAUGGGAACACACCACUGCAUUACGCCUGCUUCUGGGGCCAAGACCAAGUGGCUGAGGACCUUGUGACUAAUGGGGCUCAGGUGAGCAUCUGCAACAAAUAUGGGGAAACUCCCAUGGACAAAGCUAAACCCCACCUGCGUGAACUCCUCAGAGACAAAGCUGAGAAAAUGGGACAGAGUUUAGCUAAAAUUCCCUUCAAGGACACGUUCUGGAAAGGCACCACCAGGACUCGACCCCGCAAUGGCACUUUGAACAAACAUGCAGGAAUUGACUACAAACAGCUCUCUCUCCUGGCUAAAGUAAAUGAGAACCAGUCUGGAGAGCUGUGGCAAGGGCGCUGGCAAGGAAAUGAAGUUGUUGUUAAGGUGCUAAAAGUCCGUGACUGGACCACAAGGAAAAGCCGAGACUUCAAUGAGGAGUAUCCCAAACUCAGGAUAUUUUCCCACCCGAAUGUCCUACCCAUGUUGGGAGCAUGUCAGUCUCCUCCCGCCCCUCACCCCAUCAUCAUCACACACUGGAUGCCUUAUGGCUCCCUCUACAACGUGCUGCAUGAAGGCACCAACUUUGUAGUGGACCAGACGCAGGCGGUGAAGUUUGCUCUGGAUAUUGCUUGUGGAAUGGCCUUCUUACACACACUUGAACCCAUGAUCCCUCGCCACUAUCUCAACAGCAAGAGCGUCAUGAUAGAUGAAGAUAUGACAGCCAGGAUCAGCAUGGCAGACGUCAAGUUCUCCUUCCAGUGUCCUGGCAGGAUGUACUCGCCUGCUUGGGUAGCGCCCGAGGCCCUGCAGAAAAAGCCCGAAGAGAUCAACCGUCGGUCAGCAGACAUGUGGAGCUUCGCUAUCCUGCUGUGGGAGUUGGUGACCAGAGAAGUGCCGUAUGCUGACCUGUCCAACAUGGAAAUUGGCAUGAAGGUUGCCUUGGAAGGUUUGAGGCCCACUAUCCCCCCCGGCAUUUCACCCCACAUUUGCAAGCUCAUGAAGAUCUGCAUGAACGAAGACCCAGCAAAGAGGCCUAAAUUUGACAUGAUUGUGCCAAUCCUGGAAAAAAUGCAGGACAAGUGAAAAUCCUCCUCUGCCCUCCUGAACCAGAUAUCUUUACCCCAGAUGGUGGUGUGGUGCUUACCAGUAUUGCCUUAAACUCUGCCGCUGCAUUCGACGCCACUGUAGCUUCUGCUUCUGAGAUGAAUUCAGCAGCAGUCACUUCUUUUAUAUUGUUUUUUUUUUUUCUUUUUUCAAUGUGAUAUAAAAUUUUAUUUGUGUCUUCAUCUUUGUCACUGAUCCGCUGAUGCUGGCUCUGCAGGAGCUUAAUAUUGACUGUUCAUCUUCUAACCUGUAAUCACGUGGACUGAGUACAAUCUUCUAGACUGAAUAACCUGUGGAGGUCAGCAUGACAGUCUGCUGCAUUGCUUCAGUGGAUUUAAGGCCUUAUUUUGUAACUGGAGUGGGCUUACUAUUAAAAAGUCCCCCUGUAUGGAAAAAUAAUGGUGGCUCCUAAUAAAACAAAUAGCAUAUUAACUCAAAGCUUGUCUUGUGGGGAAAAGUUUGUUUGUUAUGUCAGCAACAAACUGUAUGCAAAUGGACAAGCAUGACAAGUGUCUGAAACCGAGCAUUUAAACAUGUAAGAUUAAGAAAAUGUAUAUGAAUGAGUGUUCCCAAUGAGAGUACUUAGCAGUGCUGUACCAUUCAGCUUGGCUGUGUAGUGAUGUGUAGAGCUUGACCUGUCUUGGGUGUUGGCUCCUGAUUUGUAUCCUGUACAACCUGCUGACCAUUAUGUAAAACUGGCCAUAGAAACUUUUUGUUUGAUGCAGCAAACAUGUCAGUGUUGAUCAUUGCAAUUUUGUGAGGAUUACUUAAAAAAAUGCAUUGCAAGAUUGCAGAUUUUCUCCUCAUAAUUGUAAUAAUGUAAUUAACUAGAUUACUCAAGUGUAUUCCUGGUAUCUAGUUUAUUUUCAUUAUUUUCUCUUCAAAUCUUAACAGUUUUAUUAUGAUUUGAAUUCUGUAAACUAUACAAAGGGUCAUUCUCCCUUUCAACAUGUUUAACAGUUUAACUCAAGUGUUAUUUUCAUGUUGAAUAUGGACGAUCUAUGUAAUCCAACAUGUAAUACUUUGUAGUGUCAGGAAUGAAUACUGCAACCCAGACUAAUUUAUUCAUGGUUAGCUGUAAUUGUUUUCUUCUCAAGCAUUGGGACUGCUUUUCCUCAAGUGUAUGGCUACAUCAGAAGCUGCUGCCAGCAGAAGGUGACUGGGACAUUAAGGGGGAUGGUAUUAACAUCCUGCUAACUCAUUAUUUUCCCUUUUUGUUUCUGUGCCUCCACCAGCUUUGCUUGUUUGUGCUGAAUCACAGAUUGAAGCCAAAAUCAAGAAUGACUUAUACAAAUGUAUGUAUUUAUAUAUAAGUAUAUUAAAAAGGACAAAUAUGGGCAACUUGAA